GAUGGAAUAGAAGCCAUACUUAGUGAACGGCAAGGACAUUCAUUACACGAAAUCAUUGAUGGCGAUGACCCACUUCGUCCCUUUAUCGAUUUUGAUUUAUCUCUGGAAAAAUUUAAUAAAAUUGAUCCCAAACUUACAUGUAAAGAGAUACGAGAUUUACUUUGUUGCACCUUUAAAGAAGUAUGCCUAGAAAUAUACCCGGAUUGGAAUCGUAAAACAUUAACUAUUGCCAGUAGUAGUGACCAGAAAAAAAUGUCUUUUCACAUAUCAACUUUUGGCCUCCGACUUAAAAAUAUCGCCAAGGUUGCAGUAUUUACUGAGCUUGUUCGUAAAAAACUCCCCAUAUCUUUACAAGAAAAAAAUAUUGUUGAUAAUAUUGCAAAUAAACGUUCAUUCUCCUUGAGAAUACUCGGAACCCCAAAAUAUAUUGAAACAACAAAAGAACAUGUACGGGUAAAAAAAGCAUUUUAUCCAAAAAAUAGUUCUGUCUUUGAUUUUAUGCUCCGUCCACCUAAUGAUGAGGCACCAGUUAUAGAUAGCCCGAUCUUAGAAAUCCCAAAAGAAAUAGUGAAAAAUAGUAAAGCAGAUAAUGGGACCAUUGGAGCUGAAGUCGAUUAUGUAGAGAAACUACUCAAUGUAAUGAAUAUCGAAGGUUUUGAAGUUUUAUAUCCAGGACCCAUACAUCCAAAUAUUUUUACUUUAAGACGUAAAUCAGCUUCUCAUUGUACACUAUGUAAUCGAGAACAUAGCGGUGAUAAUGCAUAUGUGGUUCGAAAUAAAAAAACUUAUCGCUAUUAUUGCCAUCGUGCAGACCAAGAAACGCCUUCAGGUAUAAAAAAACCAUCAUUAAAACUUGUAAUUAAUGAAACAGUUGAAAAUCAAGAAAAAACCCUUCCAAUACCGGAAAAAAUAGAGCGACCCAGAAUCUCAGAUCCAAAUGACCACUUCGUAUGGGGCGACUUAAUUGAUAUGUGCACAUCAGGAGAAAUAUAUACUCGUAAUCAAGUUUAUGAAGCAAUUCAAGCAACCAUUGCAUGCAUCCAAACAACUUCAAGAUUAUGGAUACUUAAAAUGGAAGAUUCAGAUAAUGGUUUUUACUACGAUAUGGCACCUAAACUGGAUUUUGCGAAGUAUGAAAUUAAAAUAUCGGAAUAUCAGGGGGAAUCAAUCGAAUUAAAAACAUUGAUAAAUCGGGCAGUUACAAAAGGUCUAAUUCUUUAUCGUAAUGUCGAUUUCCUACCAUACCCCCCAAAUACUUCUCCAAUAAAUACCAAGUUCUUUAACCUUUUUCUAGGAUUCAAAGCCCAACCAACAAUUGAGAUUAAUCCAGCUAUUAUGGAUCCAAUUCUAUGGCAUGCAAAAAAUAUAAUUUCUGAUGGGAAUGAGGAGCUUAGUAAAUAUUUCUGGUACUGGUACGCAUAUCUAGUACAACAUCCAUCUAAAAAACCUGGAACAAUUGAAGUAUUGCGUUCCUUACCGGGUUGCGGAAAAAAUAUCUUAAUUGAUUUUAUAGGUAAGAAAGUUCUCGGAUCAGAGCUUUUCUAUGCAACAUCCGAUCUUGGAAAAAUAUUGGGGCGUUUUAAUAGUUGCAUUCAGGCUCGUAAACUAAUCGUUAUGAAUGAAACAGGUAUGUCUAGUGGAGAUUGGCAUAAGUAUAAUGAUCAUCUUAAAUCACUUAUUACAGAAGAUUAUUUAACGGUUGAACGCAAAGGUAUUGAACCAAAAGUCAUAAAAGAUUAUGCUGGAUUUAUGGUAUUAAGUAAUCAUGAUGCUCCACUCCGAGUAGAAAUGGGUGAUCGGCGUAUCGUGUGUUUCGACGUAUCUUCCCGUUGUAAAGGUAACACAGCAUAUUUUAAGAGUUUAGCCAAAGUACUCGAGCAUCCUGACGCGCCAAGUGUAGUUAUGGCAUAUUUACUUAGUCUUGAUCUUUCAGAUUGGAAUCCACAAGAUAUCCCUACCAGUAGAAUGAAAACAGAAAUAUUACGUGAUCAACUACCAAAUUCCAUUCGAUUUAUAAUUGACUAUAUUUCAUUAUGGAAUGAAGAAAGAAUUGAUAAACCAAGUUGUAUUAAUUUAUACCAGGAAUACCUUACUUGGUGUGGAAGAAAUGGUGAAAAGCCAUUUAGUAGUAAUAUUCUUGGUAAAAAAUUCUCACAAAUCAAGAUUGAACGAAAACAAGUACGAAUAAAUGGAAAAAGAGAAUGGGUAUAUAUCCUAGACCGCUCCAAAAUAGUAGCCAACUUACGCGAAUCUGUUGGCAAUAUUGAGGAAUUUGAGUUGGAAACUCAUGGCCUUUCCACUUCCGAUAUUUCACAAGAUAGCUUUCCUACCAAAAGUUCUAUGGAAAUUCCGGUAUUUAGUGUUCCUGAAACGAAGAAAGAAGAAAUCAAACCGGAAAAAGAAAUACUGAAAAAAAUAGAAUCGGUUCCUUCAACAUCUAAAAAUUCAGAGAUUAUUGACAUUCCUGAACCUGUUAGCGAUGAAUCAGAAAUAUCUUCCAACUUACCUGAAAACGAUAAAUCUGAAUCUAAUAGUGAAGAAACCAUAUCCAAACCAGUAGCAUUACCUUCCGACUAUCCAACCCGGGACCAGCGGGAAAAACGUCUUAGGCAAUGGGCUAUUGAUCAUGACGAGGAUCCAGACGUAUUCAUGACUAUUACUGAAAAAGAUAUUAAUUUAUCUAGAGAAUACAGGGAUAGAAUGAUGUCCGAUGCUGAUAUGAUCCAAUUCGCAAAAGAUACCGAUGAUGAUCCAGAUACAUUAAUGGAAAUGGAAAGACGAGAAAGAUUAAUAAGUGAGGAAAUUAUGCUCCGAUUGCAUGAGGAUAAGGGCAAUCCCCAACCAAGAAGUUAUAACGAUGAUGGAUGGAUAGAUAAAAUAUCGAUACUUCAAGAAAACGGAUACCUAUGGUAA